GGCACCGGGGGCUGCUCUACCGGCAGCCCAGGUGCCUCGCCUUCAGGAUAGAGCUGGCGAGUGCCGAGCUAGCGCCGCCAGAACAGAGCCGGGAACGGCGUUUGCCGGGGCCCAGGCGGAAGCCGGAGCAUUUGCGGGACGGGACCGCGGGAACCCGGAAACGCCUGGGCACUACGGCCCUGGCGGCACCGACGGCGGCAGGAGCGAGAGGCGCUGCGCGUCAGGGGUCACGGGGGACCCAGCGGGCACUGCAGCCUGGGGCGCCCGGCGGAGCUGAGCCACUGCCUCCCGAGCGCGCAACCGGCAGAGCUGCGCGGGAGGCAGAUGAAGAUAAAACAAUGUCUGCCAACCUAAAAUACCUUUCCUUGGGAAUUUUGGUCUUUCAGACUACCAGUUUGGUUCUAACAAUGCGUUAUUCUAGGACUUUAAAAGAAGAGGGACCUCGUUACCUAUCUUCUACAGCAGUAGUUGUUGCUGAACUUUUGAAGAUAAUGGCCUGCAUCUUAUUAGUCUACAAAGACAGCAAAUGUAGUCUAAGAGCACUGAAUCGAAUACUACAUGAUGAAAUUCUUAAUAAACCUAUGGAAACGCUUAAACUUGCUAUUCCAUCAGGGAUAUAUACUCUUCAGAAUAAUUUGCUCUAUGUGGCAUUGUCAAAUCUAGAUGCAGCUACUUAUCAGGUCACAUAUCAGUUGAAAAUUCUUACGACAGCACUAUUUUCUGUGUCUAUGCUUAGUAAAAAAUUAGGUGUGUACCAGUGGCUCUCCCUAGUAAUUUUGAUGACAGGAGUUGCUUUUGUACAGUGGCCUUCAGAUUCCCAAGAGCUUGAUUCUAAGGAACUUUCGGCUGGUUCCCAAUUUGUAGGCCUCAUGGCAGUUCUCACAGCAUGUUUUUCAAGUGGCUUUGCUGGAGUUUACUUUGAGAAAAUCUUAAAAGAAACCAAACAAUCGGUGUGGAUAAGAAACAUUCAACUUGGUUUCUUUGGGAGUAUAUUUGGAUUAAUGGGUGUGUACAUUUAUGAUGGAGAAUUGGUAUCAAAGAAUGGAUUUUUUCAGGGAUAUAACCGACUGACAUGGAUAGUUGUUGUUCUUCAGGCACUUGGAGGUCUUGUAAUAGCUGCUGUUAUAAAAUAUGCGGAUAAUAUCUUAAAAGGAUUUGCAACCUCUUUAUCCAUAAUAUUAUCAACACUGAUAUCCUAUUUUUGGCUACAAGAUUUUGUGCCAACCAGACAGUAUAGCGAAGCGAAUUCAAGUGCAGUCUCUGGAGUCAGAAAUACCUGGAUUUCAAUCCCAUCUUCCACUUGGGGGACUUUAGUGUCUUUUUCCUUGGAGCCAUCCUUGUAAUAGCAGCUACUUUCCUAUAUGGUUAUGAUCCCAAACCUGCAGGAAAUCCCACUAAAGCAUAGUCGAAUACUGUCUUUAACUGGUUUUCACAAUGGUGCACUAGGAACCUCAAUGUUAAACUUACACAGAGGACUUCUACAGAUUCUAAGAAGGUGUCAUGCUGAAUCUGAUCAUAUUAUUCAAAUGGUUGGAAAAUAUAAAGUUGAAGGAUAAAAUAUGUGUAUAUGUAACAAAAUACCUAUUGCAUCUUAAAAAUCAAAACUUGAAAGUAUUUCCAGGGAUUAGAAUUAUUGGAGGAAACUUGAAAUCAGAGUUUUAAAAGAUUUUAAUUUACCUUUUUGAUUGCUGCAGAAAUGUCCUAUGCACUCUUUACAACAGCACACACGCAACAAAUGUCAGAUACCAAUUUCUGCAAAUUAGAUCUGUUUAAUCUUACUAAAUGUUUUUUAACCUUACUCUUCCUGUACAGAUAUAUCAAAUCACAUGGAAUGUUCAAAAUUUGAAAAUUAUAAUUACCUAUAAAGCUGUGAAGAAAUAGAAGUUUGAGCUGAAAAACAUUUUCACUUAUCUGAGAUUUUUAUAUUUAUACAAAAGAUUACUAAACAAGGAAUUGCUAAAUGUUAUUUGUUCAACUACAUAAAAAUUGAUAAAGUAAUAUUCUGGGUCUGAUUUGUCAGAGAAUAAGAUUCAUAUUUAAAUUUAAUGUAGAGAAAUACAUCUAUUUCUCCAUCUACAUUUUACGAUCUUUUAGUUUCGAAACUGCUGAAAGCAGGCCCGUGGCUCCUAUGCUAGAUAGUAGCCAGUGACUUUUACACUAAUGGAGUUUUGUCCUUAAACUCUUAUUUCCACAUCUUUUCUGUAAACCAGAUAAAUCCUGAGUAUUACUUUAAAUUACAUUUCUGUAUGUGUUAAUUUCCAUUAAAGUUUUAAUAUGUAAUUUAAAGGCAUUAAAUGCUCCUUUAAUAAUUUAAAAGAAAAUUAUUGUUGUCUAAUAUCUCCAUUUGGAGAAUUUUGAACUAUCAAAGCAUGUACUAUACACAAGUAGAAUGUUUUCAAAUGAAAUGAGUUUUUACUCAUAGAUCUGUGAAAACUUCCUUUAAUCUAUAACUGUUGACAAAAAUAACCACCAAAAAAAAAAUAGGACUGAUGUCAAUGAAUUGAGACCAAAAUGACUUUUCUUGGAGACAUUCCAGGUUGCCAGGAUAUUACAUUAUUUUAAAAGGCACUAUAUAAAUUCAAGGCUGCUCUGAACUUCAUAGGCCUCUCAUAAACCUACCAUCCCCAGCGUCACAUGUCUGGGAGAGGUAGCUGAGUUCCACGUUCUCUUUCGGUGGCCCUGCAAAGGCUGCUGGGAAGGAGCCACCACUUGACUUAAAAAUAGUGGUUUCUUUUCUAUUUUCAUUAGCGCUGGAGUUGAGUUUACAAAUUACAUGAGUUAUUUAAUAAAUUGGUUCAAGGGAGAGAGAAUAGCAGAAAUAAGAUGAAUUGGUGGUCAAAAAUACUUUCUAAAAUUGGAAUGUGGGUUUAAUUUAAUUAUUGGCUAGACAGAAUUACCUAUUGAGUAUAAGAAGUAUUUUAUUUUUUCAUUCAUACUUUAUGUAUUUUUAAGUCUGUUCUAAUGGUAUAAAAUCUGUAAAAAAUAAAUAUUUUUAUAUUGUUCUAAUGGAUUUUGUUGAACAGAAUUUGGCUCAAAAAUACUACUUUAUAAACUUGAGUACUCUUGGCUAAUUAGGAUUGGCUGUGUUACUUUGCUGAUUCAAACCUACUCUACAGGACACAGGCCUAAUCUAUUUCAUCCAGACUUUAAAUGUGUUUAAAAUUACAAAAUAUUUUAAAUCAUUUUGCUGGUAAUUCCAAAUUGGCACCAAACAAACUUUUUAGAAGCCUGACUUAAUGAUUUUCAAUGACCAAGUAAAACUACCUUUUGGAGUAUUUGCUUAAUAACUUUACCACAUUUUAAGCAUGGUAUUUUUAGACUGUAACAACAUUCAGACUUACAUCUUAUUACCUAUAGCUAAGUGAAAUCUAAAUCCUGCAAAUGCUCAGAAUUUGAGACUAAAUAUAAAGAUUUAUGUUCAGCCCACAAGAAGUCUUGUUGGAUACUUAUGUAUUAAUUCAGUAUGCAUUCACAAUUAAUUCAGAUUUAGUGUGUCCUUAUUUUAACGCUUCAAAAAAUGAUACAAGUACAUGAUUGGAUAUCAGAUAUGGUAGUUACAGUAAUAAAAUAUUUUCAAGUGUCCAAAAUAACACAAUUUUUAAGAUUCCCAGCGAAGUUUAUAAAAUUGUAAUCAAAAAUAGUGAGAAAGGAGAAAAUAAUCUAACGUAUAUUUUCAAAGCAUUUUUUUAUUGUAUUUUGCUUUUCUAGUAAGUUUGAAAAUAUUAUUAGAGAUUGGGUUGUAUAGUUUAUAAUUUUUAAUUCAUAAAGAAAUAAUCAUAUUUGAGAAGGUGAAUCAGUAUCUUAGAUCAUGUCAUAUAUUACAUACAGAUAAUGCCAUUUUCUUGUGUAUGUGGUAUGUGUUUUGAUGACCUCCAGAAGCCUUAUUGUAUUAAUCUCUUAUGACGACUCCUUGAUUAUUUAAGUUCUUAUGUUUUUAAAGUUUACUUAUCUUUCAAUUACUUUAUUCAUUAUAAAAAUGUGCUAAUUCAUGGGAGAAAAAUGCCAAUUGAUAGUUCUAUUAAAAAUUAAGAAUAUUGUAUUUGUGAAUAAAAGUUUGAGAUGCCACAUGUGAAUGUUUCACCACAGUAAUAUUAUCAAUUCUGUAAUAAGUAAUUUUAGAGAAGUUAUAGGCUAUUUUUAUGAUGGAAAAUGUAGGUAGUUUAGAGAUGCAAAAUUUAAAUAUUUACAUCAAUUUAUAUUGAAUGUCCACAUUUCAUGAAAGGUAGUUUGAUAUUUAAACUAGAUUCUAAGGAGACAGAAUCUGAAAGGAAACUAAUUGACUUUGUGAUCAGUAGACUUAGUGUAAUGCCGACUACUCUUAAGAAUUGGUACUUUUCCUACAUAUCAAAUUAUUGGACUUUUAAAAUGUCAUUGUAUAGUCAUUCAACUGAGUUUUUUUUAAAUGAAUUAGCAUUACUCAUUUACACUUUUUCAUUGUUACAAUAUUUAAUUACAUGUGGAUGCAUGCUUUACAUGAGAAAAGAUUUAUGAAAGUUAUUUAUGCUAUAUUGAAAGUCAUCUUAAGAAUCUCUAGGAUAUGUAGCAUAUUUAAAGUAAUUAUAGGACCAAAGAAACAGCACCUUUAUGAAAAUCUGGUCCUCUGUGCCUUGCUUUACCAAACAAAAUACCUGACUUUUUCUGGAGGAUAUUACUGUAAUUCACAACUUGAGACACAUGUGCAAAAUUAGGAUGUUUUAAGGAUAACUAUAAUUCAAUUGUUUGGUUGUUUCAACAUUUGCUCUUUAAAUUCAUUAUCCAACAGAAUAUUAAAGUAGGUAUAUUACACAGGCAUUAGUGAAUAGUACUUAUUUAAAUAAAUUAUGUCACCAUUGCUCGAUUGUUGAGCUUUUGAAACUUUAACUAUGAUAUGUAACUGUCAUUUUUUUUGUUUUAUUUCUUAUUACAAGAUAUAAUUUACUGUGAUUUAAAAAAAUUGUUUUAAUGAUUUGGAUUCUGAAUUUGUCUAUAUGUCUGUAUUUUAUUUGUUUAGAAAGAUUCUUUUGGGUUUGGGAAUGUAAUUAGUAUAUUUAAAUUUUUUAUGAUACAAUUCCAAGGAAUAUAUAAACUGGUCUUUUGUUAAACGGCUUUUUUAAAUUGAUGUUUCUUUGUCAUUUUUUGGUAUCCAGUUAUUAUCUAGAUUUAUAGAAAUAGAUUAUUUUCAUAAUUCUAUGUAAAUUUCGUCCUAUAGUUCUUUGUUUCCCUAUUCACCUGUGUCUGAUUUAACACAUGAAUUAGUCUCUAUAUAUAUCAAAAAUGACUCACUGAUCUUUUCCCUACCUCUCUAAUUACUUUUAUCAUAUGAUCUUUUUUCCUAGUCUACGCUCUUAGCAUGAAAGACAGGGUUUUAUUUAAACUAGUUAGAGUUUCUCUACAUGUAUGAUGACAAUAGCCUACAAUUUGUUUUAAAAAUUUUAUCUCUUUGCUAGCCUCAUAGUUAAGUAAUUAUAGUAAUUGGUAUAUAAUUUCUUUAUAAUUUGGAUAUAAUUGCUUCUGUGUGUAUCAGUUUAAUGCAUAGAGAUCAAAUGAUAAGCAAUAGAGAGGAUGUAACCUUAUACAGAAUGCUUUUAAAAGAUCUUAUUUUAAAAGAUCACUAAUAUAAGGAUCUCAGCAUUUUUAAAAGGUAUACUUUUCUUUGGUAUCUUUUCAUGAAAAUCACUUCUUUAAUUUUUUUUUGUACUGGAAUACUUCUUUUGUUCCAAGUAUUCUAUAUCACAAUCCUUAAAUCCCAGUGCUAUGCAAAUACACCUCAUAAUUUAAAUCUGAUAGAUGCUACUACUAUUCAACAAUCAGAGAGUGACCAGUAGUAAUAAUCAUAAUGGUCUUUCUUACUGUCCUAAAAAAGGGAAUUCCUUCAAAACAGGACUGAUUACAUACACACCCCAGAAAAGAAAACAGCAGAGAGGAAAUAAUUACCUUCAAAUCCCAAAGAUUUGAAAUUCUACCAUUGCAGAGAGUGUCUUGGUGACUGAAAUCCAGGGGUUUCCCAAGUGCACCUUCAGGUUUGAUUAUUCACUAGAAAGAACUCACUGAAAAGUAUUAGACUCAAAAUCCAUUUGUUACAGAAAAAGAAUACAAAUUAGAAUCAGCAAAAGGAAGAGACAUAUAAGGCUGAGUCUAAAGGAGGGCCAAACUCAAGUCAUCCUUUCCAGUUGUCCGCUCCCAUGGAGUCAUGGACAGUAUUAUUUACUCCUGGCCACAAUGUAUGGUAGUCUACACAGAGUACUGCCAACCAGGAAAGCUCUCCCAAGCUUCUUGUCAGAUUUUUAAUUGAAGCUUUAUUAUUUGGCAUAAUUGAUUGAUUACCCACAUGGUUGAACUUACUCUCUAACCUCUGCUCCUUCCUGGAGAUCUGGCUGACAUCAGACUCCAGGGGCUCACCCUGAGUCAUCUUGUUAGCACAAAUUAUCAGAUGUGGUCUGAGGGGCCCACCAGGAAAACCAAGACACUCCUAUAACUGGGACCUCCUAAAGAUGUAGGCCAGAAUUUUGUUUGGGUAUGUAAGGCCAAAUUCCUUGCUACACAGUGACCAUUUUUCCUAUACAUAUUCUGAACUAAUGAGGAUGACACAAGCAUUGACAAUUGUUUAUAGAGACCAUUUUUAAUUUCAGAAGUUUGGUCACAUGAUUCUGAAUGACUCAAGGGUAGAAAAAUGUGGUUAUAAUAAGAUACAGUGCUAUAUAGCAUAUACUUGUAUAGUAUUCAUUUAAUUUUCAGAUCUGAUGUUUAAUUACAAUUUUUUAAAAUGCUGGAAUA